AACUUAGACUGAUCCAUGAGAAUAUUGGUUAUACGCAAUAUUUUGAUAUACUACAUAUCAUUUGGCAUCAAUUAGUUUAACAAUGAUGUUUUUUUCGUGCGUUGGAUAUAUAGUGUUAAUUGUUGUUACCAUUUAUUUUAUAUUGGUUUUGAAACAAUGGAUACGACUAUUCAAAUAUAUAAAUUUAUUGCCUGGAUCACGGGCCAAAUCUUUCCUCGCACAUUCGACUGAUUUGGUGAAAGGUAGAGCAACUGUAUUCAAAACACUUCGACACUGGGGCAAAACAUACGGACCGGUGUACAAUAUCUCUGCAACAAAUUUGUUUCCUUCUGCUAAUAUUUCUGGGUCUGAAGAAUUUGAAAAAAUAGCCUCAACAACAAAACAUAUCGAGAAGAGCUCAAUUUAUAAGCUAUUUGACCGAUGGUUGGGACAAGGACUUUUGACAAGUACAGGAUCUUUAUGGCACACUCGCAGAAAAAUUCUCACUCCAGCUUUCCAUUUCAGUAUAUUGCAAAAUUUCGUUUCUAUUUUCAAUUCUGAAACUAAAAAGUUGGUGAAUGAUUUACAAAAAGAAACCGAUAAACCUUGGAUAAAUAUUUUACCUCAUAUUUCGUUAUUCACAUUAUAUUCAAUUACAGAGACUUCGAUGGGAUCAACUUUGAAUAUAAGUACAUCUGCAGAUAAGUCCUAUAUUAAAGCUAUUCUAGAACUUGGAGGGCUAUUGGCUGAAAGGCUAUUGAGACCUUGGGGUUAUAAUAAACUUUACGAUUAUAUUUCUCUAGACGGUAUAAAAGAAAGGAAGAUAACGAAUGAUAUACAUAAUUUUACCCAGAAGAUUAUAACAGAAAGAUCUAAACAAUUUAAAAAAUUUCAAGUUCCCAGUGAAAAUGAUAGCUAUUCUAUGAGGAAGAAGUUGGCGUUUCUAGAUUUGCUUCUUAAUGGAAAAGAAGAUGGAAAUAUAGAUGAUCAAGGGAUAAAAGAUGAGGUUAAUACUUUUAUGUUCGAGGGUCACGACACAACAUCUAUGUCAAUUUGCUUUACCUUGAUGCUAUUAGCUAAUUAUCGUAAAUAUCAGGAUGAGAUUUAUGAAGAAGUUGUCACCGUUAUUGGUGAUAAUGAAGAUCCGGACAUAAAUAGAUUAAAUGAUUUGAGAUUAAUGGAGAGAUUCAUCAAAGAAAGCUUGAGGCUGUAUCCUAGUGUACCGUUUAUAUCUAGAAGUUUGGAAGAAGACACAAUCGUUAACGGAUAUCUUUUACCAAACAAAGCUAUUGUGAAUAUUCACAUUUUCGAUAUCCAUCGAAAUGAAAAAGAUUGGCCGGAGCCCGAAAAAUUUGACCCCGAUAGGUUUUUACCAGAAAAUUGUGUUAAUAGACAUCCUUAUGCUUAUGUUCCAUUUAGUGCUGGUCCUCGAAAUUGUAUAGGUCAAAGGUUUGCGAUGCUCGAAAUAAAAGCAGUUCUAUGUGGCAUAUUGAGAAACUUCAUUUUAGAACCCAUAGAUACACCUGAAACUAUUAGAAUAGUAACCGAUAUCGUACUGAGACCAGAGAACAAUAACAUAAAAAUUAAAAUAUCUCCAAGACAUAAUAAGAUAUAAAUCAGUUCCAGAAAUAAUAUACAUAGAAGCGCAAUAUUAACUUGAAGUUUAUCUCAUUAUCCUUACCCCAGUUCAAAAACGGAAACCAGUAUAAAGUAAAACGAACUGCCUUUGGUUCGGUAGCGCAUAAUUUAAUACCAUUCAAUGAUAACAUUCGAUAUUUAUAUAUCAGCAUCACGUUAUUUGUAAGCCACGAGUUUAAUUAAUACCGAAGCUGAAUAGGCAAGACCCCAAUCUAAGAGUAAUGGGUUUUUACAUAUGCACCAGAACAUUCAUUCAAGAACAGUCAAGAGACUGAAGUACUAUUACCAGUUAAACUGUAUAAGUUUCAAAAUAUCACUAUAUUAUAUAAGUUUCCAAAAAUCACUAGUCGUGGCUUAGAUAGAUAAUUAUUCAAAAGUCAAAAUUAAGUUGGCGAGUGCAAUGUUGUACCUUCAGUGAUUAAUAGAGAUGUCCGACAUCAUAUUUGAAGUUUUAAUGAAGUACGGUGCACGGUUUCUCUAGGUGAAAUAAAACAAUUUUCAAAAAAAUAUCAAUUCAAUACUUGAUGACAAAAAGUACAUUGAUAAAACUGAAAAAAGAUGUUUCUACAUGGAUACUAUGAAUAUGAACUGUGGCUAUUGAAUAACAAGACUGACGUUGUACAAUAUUCAAAUUUGAGUUAAUAUAUGUUUCCUUGCAAAAAUA